GCUGAGGCCCGCAACACCUCAGCCCUGCUGCGGGUCCGGGUCCAGCCCCUACGCAAGGACGAGCAGGCCAAAACCUACGUUCUCUGCACCCAGCGCCGACCCGGUCAACCUUGGUUACCUCAUCAAGGCCCCGACGGACGUAUUGUGGUGUUGGAGGAGAAAAAAUCGUUGUUGCCUCUUUGGUUGCAGGUGAUUCUCAUCGCCGGGCUGCUGGUGCUGUCGGGGAUGUUCAGCGGGCUCAACCUGGGCCUCAUGGCGCUGGAUCCCAUGGAGCUGCGUAUUGUGCAGAACUGUGGCACCGAUAAGGAGAAGCGUUACGCUCGUAAGAUCGAACCCAUCCGCCGUAAGGGGAACUAUUUGCUCUGCUCCCUGCUGCUGGGUAAUGUGCUGGUUAACACCACCCUCACCAUUCUUCUCGAUGACCUCAUCGGUUCCGGCAUCGGAGCCGUGGUUGCUUCCACCAUCGGCAUCGUCAUCUUUGGGGAGAUCGUGCCCCAGGCGCUCUGCUCCCGCCACGGCCUGGCCGUGGGCGCCAACACCAUCAUGGUCACCAAAUUCUUCAUGCUGGUGACGUUUCCCCUCUCCUACCCUAUAAGCAAGCUCCUCGAUUGCAUCCUGGGCCAGGAAAUCGGCACCGUCUACAACCGGGAGAAGCUGGUGGAGAUGUUGAAGGUGACGGAACCCUACAAUGACCUGGUGAGGGAGGAGCUCAACAUGAUCCAGGGAGCCCUGGAGCUUCGCACCAAAACGGUGGAGGACGUGAUGACCCCACUGCAGAAUUGCUUCAUGAUCAACAGCGACGCCAUCCUGGACUUCAACACCAUGUCGGAGAUCAUGGAGAGCGGCUACACCCGCAUCCCUGUCUACGAGGACGAGCGUUCCAACAUCAUGGACAUUCUUUACGUCAAGGACCUGGCUUUCGUUGAUCCGGAUGACUGUACCCCCCUCAAAACCAUCACUAAAUUUUACAACCACCCCGUCCACGUUGUCUUCCAUGACACCAAGCUGGACGCCAUGCUGGAGGAGUUCAAAAAGGGGAAGUCCCACCUGGCCAUCGUGCAGAAGGUGAACAACGAGGGUGAGGGAGAUCCCUUCUACGAGGUGCUGGGGCUGGUGACACUGGAGGACGUCAUCGAGGAGAUCAUCAAAUCGGAGAUCCUGGAUGAGUCAGAUACAUACACUGACAACCGCAGUAAGAAGCGGGUGGGCAACCAGAAGAACAAACGAGACUUCUCGGCCUUCAAGGACCCCGUCAACGAGCUGAAGGUGAAGGUCUCCCCGCAGCUGCUGCUGGCCGCUCACCGCUUCCUCUCCACGGGUGAGGGAUUCACCCCCAACUUCAUCUCGGAGAAGAUCCUGCUGCGGCUCCUCAAAUACUCUGAUGUCAUCCAGGAGCUGAAGUUUGACGAGGAGAACAAGAAAUCCCCACGUCACUUCCUCUACUGCAAGAACAAGGCAGCCGACUACUUCAUCCUCAUCCUCCAGGGCAAGGUGGAGGUGGAGGCCGGCAAGGAAUGCAUGAAGUUUGAAGCAGGAGCUUUCUCCUAUUACGGGGUGAUGGCCCUCAGCCCCUCUCCUGUAUCCGAGAUCCGCUCCCCGUCCCAUGUCAGCAGCCUGCUCAACGCCAGCACUGGCACCCAGUACGUGGCUGACUUCAGCGUCCGUGCUCUCACCGACCUCCAGUUCGUCAAGAUCACACGGCAGGAAUACCAGAACGGUCUGAUGGCCUCCCGCAUGGACAGUUGUCCCCAGUCCCCCGACAGCAACACCCCUAAACUGGAUGCCGGUUUACCGGAGAAACCGGAACCCUCCGCCACCGCUGAUGAGACCACCAGUCUCCUGAAUGAGAGGAACUGCCUCCGCCGGAGCAACCACAGCCCCCUGGAAAACUCCAUCUGA